AACUCUAACUUCCUUGUUUCCAACUUCCUUGUUUCCAGGGUUGAUUGGUGGCAUCGCCUUCCAAGAAUAAGUAAAUGCACAUCUCUGUCAGUUGUCAGUUGUGUUUAUUACACCAGUUGUCGCACGUUGAAUCACUUGCCCCUUUGUGUGAAUUACGGAAUAGAUUCGCCUUCUGACAGGCUGUGUUGACGUCGUGCUGGAGAACAGUUUGUGGCCUGUCUCCUCGUGAACGGAAAAGGAACUGAACAAUGCAUUAUGGCUAGUUUGGCACUCCCAGAAAAAGCUUCAUCAGCCAAAUUCUUCUAUGGACGUAUCACACGAGACGAAGCAGAAAUUAUUUUAAAAGAGCGAGGUUGCAACGAAGGCCUCUAUCUUUUGCGAGAGAGCAUCAGUCCAUUGGGGAACUAUGCCAUCAGCAUAUGUCACCACAACAAGGUACACCACUACAUAGUUGAAAAACAAGUUGAUGGAACUUUCAUGAUACCUGAUGGACGGAGAUUCCAAGGACCUUUAGAACUUAUCAAAUUUUACCAGAACAACCCUGAUGGAUUUGUGACCCGGCCCACAGCACCAUGCAACAGAGGUUCUAAUCAGACACCAGUUGCUUUCAGGGGCAUGACCUACCAUGAUUUGGAGAAGGAGCUCAUGCAGAGGGCAAAAUCAAUUAAGAAUGUGCGAAUGGACAAGGCAAUGGGCACAAUGCGUGACUCCUUGAUUAAGAUGGUUGCCAAGGAUCUUCAUCUGAAAAUGCCAUGGUAUCACCAAAGAAUAUCCAGGGAAGAAGCAGAAGUAAGACUGCUUAAAGAUGGACAUCAGGAUGGAAAAUUUCUUGUGCGGGAGAGAGAUGACCAUAAAAGUUAUGCCCUAACUCUCAGCUCCAAGCUCUGCCCCAAACAUUACUUCAUCAACAUUAAUGCAGAGAAAUUCUCCAUUGAAGAUGGGCCAAAGUUCGAAUGUCUUAUAAUGCUGAUAGACCACUACCACAAUAAACAAGAUGGAUUGGCCUGCAAACUUACGCGUCCUGUCUGCUGCCCCAAAUAUGACAAAGACAAGUUCAAAAGUUACAUAGACAACAGCACUAAUAAUGUCUUGUACCAGUCCCUACAGAAUCAAAGACACUCUUUCAUGCAGAGUGAGUUUGAUGACCCUCCUGAUGUACCAGCGCCAAGUCCCCCAAACAUGCAACGCCGACAAAGUGGAUCCAGUCGUCGUCCUCUACCACCAGUUCCAGCAAGGCCGCCAGAAGAGUGGGAUCAAGAUAACCUGGAUUUAGGAGCUGCUCCUGAUAUACAGAUUUCUAUUGAUGGAGACAACUUAGAGGAUGAGUAUGUGAAGGUUAGGAGGGAAUCCAAACGCUUCCAGCUGAACCCAUCACAGAUACAGCUUCAAGACAAACUAGGAUCUGGGCAGUUUGGUUCUGUGGUUAAAGGGGUGUGCUUCCUAGGAAAGAAAGAAAUACCUGUUGCUAUCAAGACUCUAAAGAAUGAAGAUUAUAAACCAGACCAAAAGCCUGAAAUUGUCAGAGAGGCAGAAGUUAUGCAAGAAUUGGACCAUAAGCACAUAGUCAGAAUGAUAGGACUGUGUGAAGCUGAGAAUAUAAUGCUGGUUCUUGAGCUUGCACCUCUUGGACCUCUCAACAAGUACCUUGUGAAGAACAAGGACCUGAAACAGUCUGAGGUGGUGUUACUCAUGAAGCAAGUAGCUGAAGGCAUGACCUACCUUGAAGCCAGAAAAUUUGUUCACAGAGACCUAGCAGCAAGGAAUGUACUUCUUGUAACAGAAAGAUUUGCCAAGAUCAGUGACUUUGGCAUGUCCAAGGCUCUAAACAGAGACAGUAACUACUACGAGGCCUCAGAGGCUGGGAAAUGGCCACUGAAGUGGUAUGCUCCGGAGUGCAUUUACUACUUCAAGUUCGAUUCUCGGUCUGAUGUUUGGAGCUAUGGUGUCACCCUAUGGGAGGCCUUAUCAUUUGGAAAGAAGCCAUAUCAUAAAAUGAAAGGUCAAGCAAUUCUUGAGUUCCUGCAAGAUGGCCGUCGCCUGGAAAAGCCAGAAACAUGUUGUGAUGAAGCAUAUGAGAUCAUGAUGGAAUGCUGGAAGUUUGAGAAAACUCAUCGUCCAUCAUUCAGCCAGCUGAGCCUGAAAAUGAAAGGCUUAUAUGAAAGCCUCUUAGCGCAAAGGAUGUAAUGGAAAAUGGAGCUCAAGCACAGCAGCAGACAUGUCAGACAUUCCACUUUUGUUCGUAUGAACAUUUCAUUGAUGUUAUUUCUGUUUUUAGAAAUGGUCACAUUGCCUCUGAAAAUGAGUUGUAUGUUCUAACUAGAUGUUUGCUAAUCGGCCUGACUUAAUUUGAGGGCCCCAUGGAACUAAGGCACAUGCACUGUCUCUUGUUACUAUUUCUUGUAUGCUUUAUCACUAUACAACAGGGGAUCUACAGCAGGGGCUUAUUAAUGCUCUAAGUGAUGUGUAAACUAACAUGAUAAUGCCCUGUACUGAGACUAUGAACUAUUUUGUUGCAAUUUCUCUGAAUCAUCUACUUUGCCACCAUGUGACAGAUACAAUUGCUUGACUUGUCCUUCUACAUAUAUCUCAGUUUCUGUCAUCUGUUUCACUACAUAUUAAUUGGCUCUAGUGUUUUUCAUUUAUAUCAAAUAUAUGAUGAUAAUCAUAUUGUUUUUGUAUUUCUCUUGAUGUGACAAUGUGAUUUACAAUUUGAUAAUAAAGUGUAGUCAAGACUAGCUAGGCUCUUUUUGAGCCUGUAGUGUAUAUUUGAAUCUUGUAUAGAUCACUAUUAUGUGUCUUUUAAUGAACACUUGAUGUGUUAAGUGCCAUUUCUUAACUGUUCAUUCUGAUAGCUUGACAUGAAAGGAGGAAAGAAAACAACCAAGGUGUACUUCAGUCACAGGUAAUAGUUUCAUAGAGCAGUGGACUGAACAAAGAAUAGACCCAAACAUGAAGAGGCAGGUAUUUUGUUCAUUAUGCUUAAAUGUUACAAUGUUUUUGCUACAAGCUGACCCAGAGAUUGAUUGACCCAGAGAUUGAUUGACUCAAACAAUAACAUAAGAAUAGUUUUAUGUAGAAGGAAUAAGUUACAGAAACACAUGACCAUGAUGAUAGUGUAAUAAAACAACUGCAAGCAUACUUUUGUUCACAAAAGCAGUUACGGAUGGAUCAUUUUUUUCAUAUCAGUAUUGUUAAACUCUCAUGGCAUGACAGAUCAACUGUAGUAAUAUGCAAACAACUAUUAUAUUUUAGUGUUAUCAGCAAAUCCAUAAUACAAGAAUUUCUGUUUGUCUGAAUUGAGUUAACUGUAUUUCCUGGACCCUAAAUCUGUCUGGUAAGGAAUCUAGGACCCUUGAUCCUUGAACAAUGGACCUGGCUUGUAUGUAAUCGCUUUCAACAAACAACACCUCCACACUUCACCAUGUGUUUGGUAGAAAAAUUGGGGUAAUCUGUCAAGAUCAGAGGUAAUUGAUCCCAGUAAUGUGUAUCUACAUCACAAGUCCUCAAAGUUUCUUCUACUGGAAAUCAAAGGGCACGUUCUUGGUUUCUGUUUCUACCAUUUGACAUAUCUAUCUUUCCAUGGAUAUUCACCACCCCAAUGAGACCAAUUCCAUAUUACCGUCAUGAAUGGAAGCUUGGGGUGCGCACAUGGAGGAUUUCACAGUUCUAGAAUUUUAGCCCCUGGAAAAAGUGCUUUUACAUGAAUCAGAUGGAAUUGAGAGUGAGGAUCUCAGAUCUAUAUCACUGAGACACACACAGUUCUUCUGUCUUCAUUGACAUUUCCCUCCAAACAAACUGAUUCAGACACAUCACUGCACCAUGUUUCUAUUAACUCCAGCAUGGUGAGCCGGAUCAAUCAGCUUGGAAGCAUUUCUUGUUUCAGUCAAAAUCUGACAAAUCUCCAGAUUUAUGUCUGAAUAUUUUUCAAACAAUCUCAGCCACAGGAUGGAAUUUUAGAGCAAGUCUUAUCUGCCAUUUCUAAAUCCAUCAAGCUGCCAAUUUUAUUUGGAACAGAUUCCAGCUUUGUACAUCCAACCUCAGAAUCCACCUCUAACUGUUCCCAUUGCUUGAUUUGUCAGCUCCUUUUGGAUUGUAAAAGAGACUCUCAGCAGAGUGUUUGGUGGUAAAAAUUUGUCAGCUCACAUAAGGAUCAUAAAGGGGCAUUUGGUAGUAAAGACCUGUCAGCUUCCUUAGGAUUGUAAAGGAAUGUUUCAUAGUAAAGAGUUGUCAACACCCUUGGGAUCGUAAAAGGUUACUUAGCAGUAAAGACGUGUCAGUGCCCUAAGGAUCAUAACGGGGUGUUUGUGUUGUCACCUCCCUUGGGAUCAUAAAAGGGUGUUUGGUAGUCAAGAUUUGUCAACUCACUAAGGAUAGUAGAGGGGUAUUUUGAAAUAAAGACCAGUCAGCUCCCUGAGGGUCGUAAAGGGGCGUUUGGUAGUAAAGAUGCGUCAGCUCCCUUGAGAUCCUAAAGGGAUGUUAGCUGGUAAUGAUCUGUCAGCUCCUUUGGGAUCAUAAACGUGCUUAGUAGGAAAGACUUGUCAGCUCCUUAAAAAUCAUAAAGGGGUGUGUGCUGUUAAAGACCUGUCAGCUCCCUUAGGAUCGUAAAGAGACUCUUGGUAGUAAUAUCAUGUCAGCUCCUUAAAGAUUGUAUAGUGUGUGUGUGCUGUUAAAGACUCUGUCAGCUCCCUUGGGAUCGCAAAGAGGUGUUUGGUAGUAAAGAAGGGCUAACCAAUCAGUAAGAGAGCAAGACCUCUAUGAUGCGUUAAUUGCACCGCUGGGAUCAGGCCUAGCCCAGAAAGCUGCACUCAACCAAGAAAUGUUAUGACUUUUUAUUCAGGUAGGUGUGUCAUUGUAGAUUGUUAUCACUUUAUUUUCAUUUAGACGUUGUUGACACUAUCUGUUAUUGACAAAGAUUCAACACUGGCAUUCCAUGAUCUUCAUGUCGUUAUUUAGUAGUGAGACAUUAAAUAUCUGUUACUGUAAGAAAGACAUGCUCAUGAUAUAUACUCCCCAUCAAAAGUUUAGACUCACUAGUGUACAUGUAGCUACUUACUUCAGGCAACUGUUCUAAACUAAACUUUGCAAAAUAUUCCAUACUGUUUAAAGGUGAUGUUUAUACAUGAACUGAUGUAUUGUAAAACAAAUGCAUAACGUUGAAAAGAUUAUUGUCAUGCGUUCAGUAAAUGAUCAAACUUGGUUAAAAAUGGCGAAUUCUUAUCAAAACUUUACACCAAAAACCUAGCUGUUCACAUGCACGAUAUUUACAUAUACUUUUCAGCAGUUUGAUGCAUGAUCCUCGUGCAAUUAAUCUGCAUAAGGUUUGCAGUUGUUUCCCCCAAGUUAGUGGAGACAUUCAUCUUCAUUGUAAGUUUUCUUAUAUUGCAACAAACCAAUAAUAUGUGCCAUGUGUUUACAUUGAGGUUCUUCAAAUACCAUUGAGAACGAAUUUUCUUUUUUUGUUGUUGUACACAAUAGUGUUUCAGUAAUAUACGAAAACACAUGCCAUAAUACAAAUGUAAAUGUGUCAUUCAGCCUUUGCUAAUGCAGCAGUCCUGCAAUGGCUUGCAGUAUUUGUAAAAUAUGUAGGUUUUAUUCGGAUAAAAAAACAUUUGCUUGAUUUGUAUUUCAUGACAUUAUUGCAUGCUACUCACUGUACUGUCAAUUCAGUUGUAACCAAAGCCUAUCAAAAUACUGAAUUAAAUAUUUCAUAACUUUA